AUGGAACCCCGAGCCUCCCCAAAUGACUACGAGUUAUUCCAUGACGAUCUAUCGACCGAAGUCAAAUAUAAGCUACGCAGAUGGCUGGACUUUUCACGUGGUGAAAGGACACCAAAGGGAUAUCGCAAUGCUUUAGAAGUUGCCGCCCACCUAGGUGAUACUGCCAUGGUCAAGAAAUUGCUUGCCACUGGGCAGGGCUCCCAGGAGAAGCCUCGUUAUGGAUAUCCACUCCUACUCGCAACCCACUCAGGAUGCGUCGAAACAGUGGAAUUCCUUCUAACGAAGGGCGCAGACCUAGCGGCCAGCAUAAAGCGCACAGAGAUUGAGGAGACACCCCUCGAUAUUGCUUGGGGUCAAGAGGAUCCGCAGAUGUUGAUGACGUUGGCAGAUCAUCUGAUGAGACACGAAUAUAAUAGUACAACAGAGGUUCAUAAAGCGCUUGGCAAAUGUGCCGAGCAAAAUGACGAAUACCGAGUGAAAAAUUUACUUGCAAAUGGAGCUGACCCCAAUUUCCAAACUAAUGGCUUCAGUCCUGCCCUGGUAUCUGCUGCCAAUGGCGGUAGUGUAGCAAUCAGUAGCAUUCUAUUGAAGGAGAGAGCCAUUGUGGAUUUAAGGUGUGAUACGUCAGGUUGCGCCGCUCUUGAAGUCGCUGCUGGGAAUGGAAACACAGAACUACUGGAACUUUUACUGGAAAGCGGCGCCAAUCUAAACGGCCACAACGACGGAGGUCCUCUCAUUGCUGCAGCAAAAUAUGGAAAGCUUCAAGCAGUGAAGGCUCUUGUGGAGAAAGGUGCCUGCGUGGAUAUUGCAAACAGUAAACGCGAAACGCCUAUCGGAGUUGCCGCAAGUCUGGAUGAGAAGGAUGUGUUCGAAUACCUGAAACCUUUAGCAGAUUUUGGGUUCGCUCUUAAAAGUGCCUUCGACGAGGGUUACUUUUAUAGCCAGAAUCAGCAGCACGUGGGCCGAGUCCAUUCUUAUACUGGAACGGAACACUGGCACCAGUUGUGGCAGUGCAAUCUUGCAGUAUUGAAGUACAAAUCUGGUUCCGCAAUGACUGACAUAUCGACCAGCUGGGCAUUCAUUUUCGUGUUGUGCUUUCUUUCGCAACUGAUAUAG